UGGCUGAAGAGCUCGCAAAGCAGUUGGCUGGAUACAAAGCCCAGCUCCAGCAGGUGGAGGCGGGCACUAACUGCCGAUACUGACAAUGAGGAUCUGCUGAAACUGCAAAAGGAUUUAACGGAAGUCAUUGAAUUGACUAAAGACCUUCUCGCCUCACAACCCUCGGAAACCCCUGAAAAUUCAGAUGGUCACGCCUCUGCCGGCGGCAGCCAGGUCUGGAAAGUGGGGGAUCGUUGCAUGUCAGUAUGGACGGAAGAUGGACAGUGGUACGAAGCUGAGAUCGAGGAGAUAGACGAAGAGAAUGGCACGGGCGCCAUCACGUUCUUGGGGUACGGAAAUGCUGAAGUCACAUCUCUGCUCAACCUGAAACCCGUGGAGGAGGGAAGGAAAACCAAGGAAGUCAGCGGCAGCCUACCCAUGUCAAAGAAAGAGCUGAUUGCACAGCAGAGGGAGUAUAAGAAGAAGAAAGCGCUGAAGAAAGCUCAGAGGAUAAAAGAGCUGGAACAGGAGCGAGAGGACCAGAAAGUUAAAUGGCAACAAUUUAAUAACAAAGCCUAUUCCAAGAACAAGAAAGGACAGGUGAAAAGAAGUAUUUUUUGCCUCUCCGGAGAGCGUCACCGGCAAGGUGGGAGUCGGCACCUGUGGCAUCGCGGACAAACCAAUGACACAGUAUCAAGACACUUCCAAAUACAACGUCAGGCACCUGAUGCCCCAGUAACACUCACAUGUACCACAUUCACCUUUUUUAUCCCUCUAUUUUUCUAA